AUGUUUUUAAAUCAAACAACAACAAAUAUAUUUUCACUAUUUAAUUCCCAACAAACAACAAAAGCACUACCAACAUUUUUAAUAUUUUUAUUAACAAUUCCCUCACUUUUAAUUAUUUCUUUAACCGUUUUUGGGAAUUUAUUAGUUUUGUUAUUUAAAGCUAGAGUUGGGAGAAAGAACACAACAUUGUUAGUGUGGAAUUUGGGUUUGACUGAUUUUUUGGUUGGACUUUUUGUACUUCCGGUUGGGGCUAUUUAUUUAACACAGAGAAAGUGGAUUUUUGGAAGAUUAAUGUGUAGAAUUUGGGUGGGAGCGGAUGUAACAUUUUGUACAUGCUCGGUGGUAAGUAAUAUAAUUAUUUGGGCCCCAAAAUUCCGAAAACCCUUUUCUCAGGUAACAAUUUGUGUAAUUUCCGUUGAUCGUUAUUUUGCUGUAACAAAACCCCUUCGAUACAAAUCUUUGGUUACUACAUUCAAAAUAAUUGUUGUAAUUGUUUGUAUAUGGAUAUUUUCUUUUGGAGUUUUGCUUUGCACAAUUAGAUGGGACUUGGAAUGGAGCAAAAAUAAUGAUACAUGCUUUGCCGGCCACGAAAUUCGUUAUUUAGCCCAUAGUGUUGUAUUUGCCUUCUUCUUGCCUGCUUCAGUUACACUUACACUUUAUUGGAGAAUUUAUAGACUUGCAAGGAAUAGACAAAAAGCUUUGGAUAGAGGAUUUUUAAUGAUUUUGGGUCAUAAUAUGAAUUUUUUAACUAACACACUUUCACAAACGACAGCUUUAAGAGUACAUGUUGGCAAAAAUAAAGGAAUGGUUGAACAACAAAGAAGAGUAUUGAGAACACACGAACGUAUUGCUAAGACACUUGGAGUUAUUUCUUGUUCAUUUUUAUUUUGCUGGUUACCAUUUUUCACGCUUUAUCUUCUCAACUACAAAUGCAAUGGUUGCUUUCCAUCUUUAAUUAUUGACAUAGCUUCAUGGUUAGGUUAUUGCAAUUCAAUGCUUAAUCCAAUAAUUUAUUCUUUUACUGUCCGAGAAUUUAAACGUUCUGCUUUGUGUGCAAUACUUCCUUUGUGGAAACAAAUUUAUAAAAUUUGUCCAAAAUAUUUGUGUAAACCCCCAGACCCUCAAACAGCUCAAAGAAUUGUUCGAAAAAAACAGCAACAAUUAACAAAAACAAAUCAACAACUACAAAAAACUUGGACAACAAAACAACACUUCCUUUUACCCCAAAAUAAUAAAAGAAGGUAUGUCCCUCCUAGAGAAAAGGAAAAAGGAGCAGUUUCUUCUUUAAUGGUUAGUGCUAAUUGUGUAACAUCUGCUUUAAUGGGAGGAGGAAAUGAAGGAAGAAGAAAAGAAGAAAAAGAGAAGGAAUUAAAAGAAGAAGAAGAUAAUUUAAUUAAAAAUGGAUUUUUAAAUGAGGAGGAAGGUGAAAAUAAAAAAUAUUCUUUUGAAGAAAGUCAAAUGCUUAAUAGAAAUGGAAUGGUUACUACAACACUUUUAUUAGCUACAACAAACAAUAGAGUGCCCAAAAAAUUUGUAACAGCAACUUCACUUCCAGCCCCAAAAUAUAUUAGUAUAGACGAAGAGGAGGAAGUGGAGGAGGAAGAAGAAACAACAGAAGAAUUUUUAACAAAUGAAGAAAUAAUAUUUAGAAUGCCUUGUAAAAUGUCUGUUAAAAGAAAAAUAAAAAGAAGAAAGAGAAGACAUUCUUCUUUGCCAGGAAUUUCUGGAAGAAGAAAAACACAAAAAUUAAAAAAUAACCAAAAACAACAAAAUAAUUAUUUUUAUCAUUCAAGAACAACUUCUUCUCCUAUUGGAAUUUUAAGAAAAGCAACAGCUAGAGCUUUGGCUUUAAAAAACCAAUUUAUGAGAAGUAGAAGUAGUAGCAAUUUUGAAAGAAGAAAAGAAGAAAUAAAAAAAGAAGAAAAUAAUUUGGUAAGGAAAUUAAAGAAAGAGGGGAAGGGGAAGGGGGGUAAUUAA